UCAGAUUUAAACGGGAGACAAGAAGAAGCUGCUUUUCCAAUGUGGACAAGGUCAGAGUAAAGAGUGAACACCGUAAAGUCUCUGCAAAUGGAGCAGCCGUCGUACGGAGAGGUGAAUCAGCUGGGCGGCGUGUUUGUGAACGGGAGGCCUCUUCCCAACGCCAUCCGCGUGCGUAUCGUGGAGCUCGCGCAGCUCGGUAUUCGCCCGUGCGACAUCAGCCGCCAGCUGCGCGUCUCUCACGGCUGCGUGAGCAAGAUCUUAGCGCGCUACCACGAGACUGGCUCAGUCCUGCCGGGAGCCAUCGGCGGCAGCAAGCCGCGCGUGACCACACCCAACGUGGUGAAAAGCAUACGGGAGUAUAAACGCGCGGACCCGGGCAUGUUCGCGUGGGAGAUUCGGGACCGGCUGCUGGCCGACGCUGUGUGCGACAAAUACAACGUGCCGUCGGUGAGCUCCAUCAGUCGCAUUUUGAGGAAUAAGAUUGGGAAUCUGUCGCAGCCCGGACAGCACGAGACCGGCUGCAGCAUUAAACCUCCCGCCCCGCCGAUUCCUUACAGUCCGAUGUGUGCUUACUCAUACCCCAACGCCAUCUCACCUACCAGCGCAAAACUCGGCGGCCCUCCUGGCGUCGGGGUCGGUCUGUCCCGGGCCUGGCCUUCGGUGCACACCGUCAGCAACAUUUUAGGCAUACGAGCUUUCAUGGACCCCUCAGCCAUCGCUGGACCGGAUGGAUAUCAGCAGAAAAUGGAGGAGUGGCCAUGUGUGAACAGAACUUCAUUUCCCUCCCAUGCGGUUAAUGGCAUUGACAGAUCACAUAUAGACACCGAUAUUAAAUACAAUCAGUCUCCCUCGAGUCUUAGCGGAUAUAUGCCCCCCUGCCCCUAUUCUUCCCCCAGUCAAUGCGGGGUGUACGGGGGAAACUAUGGGCAUCACUGGCAGCCUCAGGGAACAGGCCUGGCGCAUAACGACUCACACCUUCACACUGCCAUGAACUUCAAAUCACCAUCAGAUGUGGCAGACAGAAAACCUCCCAGUCCUCUGAUUAAGCAGCAGCAGCAGCAUGAGGCACUGAGCAGCGUUCACAGCCUGGUCUUACCCACCUCAGCCUCAUAAACACGGACAAAAGCCCAAACAGUACAAAUAAUGUUUAUAAAUGUUCAGUGAAACUCUAAAAUUGGUAAAAACAAACACAAGCGCAGGUUUAUAUAUCACUUUUAAUAACACCGGUGACAGCAAAAGCCAAUGCGCGCAAUCCACUUCUCCUGAAAUGACAUAAGCGCUCCAUGGCACUGGUCACCUCCCUCAUUUAAAUUGGUAUUACAGGAAAAAAAAUAACAAGCUUGUACAUUAUUUAAGUGGUAUUCAUUUAAGCAAGUUAAAAUAUAUUGCGACUAUCGAAUGUUUUGGGAAAAUACCAAAAUGCGUUAUUUGAUAGCUCUUUACUUCGGUUUAUCUUAAUGUUUAAGAUUGCCUUACUUGAGAAAUUUGUGGGACGCAACAAAACAUUAGCAAACUGGGUAUUUGUCUACAGUAUUCAAUUGAGCUAGAUGCUAGUAGUUAUUAAUCCCAAAGCUUUCAAUAAGGGCUACAAUAUGCGUGAAUAGACUACACUAUUUGUUUUGCCCUGUAAUAGAAGUCUGACGUUUCAUCGUCUCUCUGUUGUCGGAUGCAUGCCGUGUGUUCUGGUGUGUACCAGAAGUAUAGGCUAAUUGCUGUAUUGUGGUCAUGUCUGUCAAACCCUCUGGAGACGCUGCAUUAUUUACACGGUUGUCAAACUGGGCUCCAACCAACUGGUAUUGUUUCCAAAUAACACUGGGAUUGCAACAAGUCAACAAUAACCCUGUAGCUAUACUUUAAAUUGCUUUUAUUGAAUAUGAUUCAUGAUGUCUUCAGUUUUUACUACCAAACGUGACGUAGUCUGUGGAUGAUAUUGAAUUGGUGAGGAUUUCAAACAUUUGACUCAAUUUAACAUGGCAACCCUGACUUCCAUCAGAGGGAAAUUUCCGGAUACCAUCAAAAAGUGGAUUAUUAUACUAGUCUCACUUUACUGGUAUAAGUUUGAAAUGGUUAAAAUCGGUAAUUAAUUUAAUUUUCAUAGCUGUAUCUGUGGACCACAGGUGAUUUCUGCAAUAUUUGCGGUCAGUUGUUUGUUGUUUUUUUUGGACGUUGUAAUGACAUUUAAUUUUAUAAUAACGUUAAUUAAAAUAAAUGAUAAACAUAAAAACAAUGAAAUUGGUGUUAAUUAAUUUGGUAAAUUUAUGAUAGUCUAUGUCUAGAGAAUUCGUUUUUUUUUCUUGAAUUUUAUUUUAUUUUAAGUAUACAAUUAAACAUAAUUAUACCUACCUAAUGUUAAUAAUUGUAAGCAGAAUUAAGAAAUGUAUUAAAUGUGAAUUUGUUUGUUAUUGUGAUUUCCACAACGAAAUCCUAGUUAUAUUAUUUAUAGUCAAAAUUCAUCUGUGUCUAAUAAACGCAUGUUC